AUGUCAGCUUCCCAGUUCUCAGCUCUUUUUCCUCGCGCGUACUUUGGUCCCCAGCCUCCACCUCAUCCCGCUGUGAUUACUACGACUGUUUCUUCACAACUGAUCCAUUCUCUUUGCAUGUUUGAUCAUCUAGAGCACUGGAAAAGCUCUAAUGCGCAGCUACCUACCCCACCUCCCCAAACCAUCGGUGAACGAAACUGGCAGCUACCACCGCUGUGCAACAAGUACGAGGUUCUUACCACUGAUAAUGAUGAUGGUGAUUGGGAGAACCCAUUGCUUAGGCAAGCUGGCAGUAUCCCAGCCCUCGUGCUUUAUUCGAGUGGCAUGGCAGUUAGGCACCGAAAGGGCGCUACAGCUGAACGAUACAUACUCAGACCAUCCUUGCUUGACAGCCUCACAUUCCGCAGCAGUCAUGUGUUGUCCGUCCUACAGUCUGGUGAGGAACUCAGAAUAUCCAUCCUGACCAUGCUUGAUGGUUUCAUGUACCUGCCUGCCAAUCGUGCCAUCACCUCCAAUAUUGGAUAUGUUCCUCCCGUUUUCUGCGGACCGAAUCUGUUGCAGCUGCGACCGAUGUGCUCUUGGUACAUGGUUUAUAGGGGGAAAGAUGACUUAUUGGUUAGAACGCUUGGACAACCUGGCAGUGUCGCAGUCCUCAUGCUUUCUUCGGGUGACAUGGCAGCUUCGCACCGAAAGGAUGUUGCAGCUGGUUUAUAA